AUUCUAAAUUUUAAUAAUAUACUGGCCUAAUGAAUGAGUUGGCUGAGAAAAACUUCUGAUUCUCAUAUUUAGAAAAUCACGAGUCAUUCUAAUUUAUCUUUGAAUUUUUGCUGAUUACCGUGACUAGAUAUAAUUAGUGUUUUUUGUGCCAAGGAUAACUGAUUUCUCUUGUUCCAGAAAAGAUGUUUAUUUGGGACUGGUUUACAGGCGUUUUAGGAUAUUUAGGUUUGUUCAAAAGUAAAGGCAAAUACGUUUUUCUCGGAUUAUCACAUUCUGGAAAAGCCACUUUAAUAAGACAGUUGUUAGAUGAGAAAGAAAUUGAUUUUAUACCUUAUUCAUCUGAUCAUGAAAUAGAUGCAUCCGAAGAACUCUCAAUUGGCAACAUGAGGUUUACCACAUUUGAUUUAGGUGGACACGUUCAAGCAAGAAGAGUGUGGAAAGAUUACUUCCCAGCUGUUGAUGCCAUAGUAUUCCUAGUUGAUGCAAGCGAUAGAAUGAGGUUCGACGAGAGUAGACAAGAACUAAUAUCCUUGCUGACAGAUGAAAGUUUGGCAAACUGCCCUGUAUUGAUUUUGGGUAACAAGAUUGAUUUGCCAGUUGCAGCUUCUGAAGACGAACUCAGAAAUGUAUUUGCAUUGUUUGGCCAAACAACAGGAAAGGGUAAAGUACCAAGGUCCGAUUUACCCGGUCGUCCCCUAGAAUUGUUCAUGUGCUCCAUCCUCCAGAGACAGGGAUACGGAGAAGGUUUUCGCUGGUUGGCGCAGUACAUUGACUGAUUCCGUAUUUCACUUUUUGUUUAUAUUUUUAAAAGUAUCUUUGGUUAAGGACGAACGAGGUUAGGUAAAAAAAAAGUCAACAACAAAUUGAAGGAACAUUAUAGGUAAUCAAUAAUAAUUUAGUUUUGGGUCUGACCCUAUAAAGAGUGGGAGAUUAUUUUUUUAUUGAGUUGUUAUUACCAUAAUAUAAAUCUUAUAAAUAUUUUUUAUUUAUAUAUAUUUUUUUUUGUUCUGUAAAUUGUAUUUCUUUAUCUAUAACGUUUCCCGAAUGCCAAUUGAGUAAUAUACAAGGGGGG